CCGGUGCACAUCACACAUCACAAAUAAUUUUCGCUCAUUUUUUAAAUAUUAGUUCUGUUAAGUUCCAUACAGUUUUCUGAUACAAGAAGACAGCAUGGAUGGCAUUUUUAUUUUUAGACAAAUUCUUCGACUCUUGAAUUUUUCUUUGCAUUUGCUGCUUAUCGACCAUUCAUUAGUCGCAGGGUUAGAAAGUAAUGCUGAACAGAAUUGCAACCGGGAUCCAAUGUACAUGACCUACUGCAUCGCCCAGUGUCUAAAUAUCACUUCAUUUAAUGACAUGCAACGCUGCACUUACAAUAGGAAAACUGGUCGUGCUGUGAUGAAGCCAAAAUGUUCAGAUUGCCCCGUCUAUGCGUUAAAUGACAAGGAAGGUCAGCGCGUCAGAUUGUUGUAUGGACUAAUUGAAAAGAAUUACAAGAAAAUAUGUGGACUAUCCAUUGCCUACAAAUUUUCACCGCCGGUAGAAUAUCGAACUGCUGCCUACAUAUGCGGAAUCACAGAUACGAAGUUGAAGGCUUGGAGCCCAAAGUCAGCCCAAGAAAUUCAAUGUGUAAUCGAAGGGCUGCCAAAGGAACACGUUGCCAGUGGAAGAUUGAGGAUCCAAGCGUUUAAGGGCGGCUGCUCUCAAAAGUUUCAAAUAUGCGACUCGGACGAAAACCCACCUUUUAAUACGACCUUGUUCCCGUUUAUUCCGAUGCAGCCAGCAAAGAACAACACUUGCUUGGUUGUAACUUUUUCUCUAGACGACAAAAAGGCGUCAAAUCUUCAGUUUCGGGAGGAAUAUUGCCAUGAACCAGCCCCUUUUAUCUGCCUUACUAAUGAUGAUUGAAAAAAUAUUAAAGAAGUAACUUUUCAGACAAUUUUAACUCUGCAGUAAAUUUCCAGUGCUCGUAGCAUAGAAAUUGAGGGAAUCCCAAUGAAUAUCGAUCAUAUAUAGUUUUGACGUGCUUUUUUAUGGAAGGUUAGAGGAUGGAAAUUAAUAAAAAUGGGACUCCCUGUCAUUACCAUAAUAUACAUAUUGAUUUUCUGCAAUAAAAAAAUAUUUUGAUUAAAGGCUUACUUUAAAAUAAA